CUGGAUGCGCGUCCAUUUUGUUAGCACGUACGAUCCCGGUUAGUCGACGCCGGUGCAAAGUAUAAUUCCCGUUUGCAACGAGUUCGUGUUACUCGAGUAGAGUAAGGGCUACGAAGCCAGUGGCUGUCUGUCGGCGGCGUUCGUGGAUUUGUAGCUGCGUAUCGUAAGUACAGAGAGCGCAGCUGGCAAGCGUGAGAACCUACUUGUAGAUACAUAGCGCAACAAGGAUCAGAACGGAGGAGAAGCCGCUGGAAAGAGAAUCGUUGUGCCAGGGCCGCGAAACGCGUCGCGUACCCGGUUCGUCGUUAGUUUUAGUUUUAGCAAGAUGGCGGAACUACAGGGAACCCCGGUUGCUCAAGACGCCCUGUCCGUAGCCCAGCUAGAGCUCGGUGGAAAUCCAAACGCCUUAGCUUUGCGUAGGCCGUUUGACCCUGUGGCACAUGAUCUCGAUGCGACCUUCCACCUUACGCGGUUCGCCGACCUAAAAGGAUGAGGGUGUAAAGUCCCUCAGGAGGUUCUUGGGAAACUCCUCGAGGGACUACAGGCCGACGAUGGUAGCGCACAAGAUCAUGAACAUGCCCAUUUUAUGCACAUGGCCAUUCCACGCAUCGGCAUUGGCAUGGAUUCCUCCGUAACUCCACUGAGGCAUGGAGGGCUUAGUUUGGUACAAACUACAGACUUCUUCUAUCCAUUAGUUGAUGAUCCUUACAUGAUGGGUAAAAUUGCAUGUGCGAAUGUUAUCAGUGAUCUGUAUGCCAUGGGUGUUACUGAAUGUGACAAUAUGCUAAUGUUGUUGGGAGUCAGUACAAAAAUGACUGAGAAGGAAAGGGACGUUGUUGUACCCUUGAUCAUGAGAGGGUUCAAAGAUUCUGCUCUGGAAGCUGGUACAACAGUCACGGGAGGUCAAACGGUUGUUAAUCCUUGGUGUACAAUAGGUGGUGUUGCUUCUACUGUUUGUCAACCAAACGAAUACAUUGUACCAGACAAUGCCGUUGUGGGUGAUGUUCUUGUUUUAACAAAGCCACUUGGAACUCAAGUCGCUGUUAACGCUCACCAAUGGUUAGAUCAACCAGAUCGCUGGAACAGGAUUAAACUUGUGGUCAGUGAAGAUGAUGUAAGAAAAGCUUAUCAGAGAGCAAUGGAUAGUAUGGCCAGGCUUAACAGAAUAGCGGCUAGGUUAAUGCAUAAAUACAAUGCGCACGGAGCAACAGAUGUUACGGGUUUCGGCCUUUUGGGACACGCACAAAAUUUGGCCAAACACCAGAAGAAUGAAGUCUCUUUUGUUAUUCAUAAUUUGCCCGUAAUCGCAAAAAUGGCAGCUGUAGCAAAAGCGUGCGGUAAUAUGUUUCAACUCCUUCAAGGUCACUCGGCAGAAACCAGCGGUGGAUUACUUAUUUGCUUACCCAGAGAACAGGCUGCUGCAUAUUGUAAAGAUAUCGAAAAGCAAGAAGGAUACCAAGCGUGGAUCAUUGGUAUCGUAGAGAAAGGGAAUCGUACGGCUAGAAUAAUUGAUAAACCACGAGUAAUAGAAGUGCCAGCUAAAGAAAAAGAUGGAGAGCUUUGGUAAAGGAUCACAGAUGUUGGCGAAACUUUUUUAUUUACUUUCAUGUAUUUAGGAGAAACUACACGCAACACAGAAAACACGCAUUUACAUAAAUCAACACUACUGUACCAGAUUCAAAGCACUUAUAUGUGCACCAUUAUUACGGUGAAGUAACGAAUUUUCAAUAUUUUUAUUGGGUAAAAAUUUGAUUAUAUAUAGUGAUCAUCCCAUUUUGUCCCAUGGGUUAAAAGAAUAAGAUACAAUAAUACAAACUUAUAUUUACGUGUUAUUUUUAUUGAAGUUCAAUCUGAAGUUUUAACUUAGGAGUAACACGUUUCUUCUUUCUCGUUUUUUAAUUUUUGUUGAAAGCUGAAAGUAUUUCAUCAUAAAACUGUAAAAUGUUCAUAAUAGUCUUCCUGACAGUUAUGAAUCCUUAUUGGAAAGAAUUCAAUACAAAAAACAAAUUUGAGGAAGCAAUGAAGUAACGAAAGAAAUGAAAUUUGAGUAUAUAUUUUUUUUAAGAUUUAAGAUUUAAUAUGUACUACAUACAUACCCAAGUAGCAGUAGGCUCGGGGUAAGCUUCAAUUGCAUUUGAUCAAACUUGCAAUAUGUUGAGUGACAUUUGGGUGCUUAGUGUUAAUAAAGGAUGUUAAGGUACACAUAAAUGAUAGCUCGUGAUUAUGAAGAUUUAUAAAUAUAUUUUAAAGGGGUAUACAAUAUUGCAAAAAAGAAAAAAUGAUUUUAACGAUAUAUUGUACAUUACUUCGACUUACGGAUUUAAUAGAAUUGAAAAAGGAAACAUUGAAAACAUAGUUAUAUAGACGUUGUAAACAAAGACAUUAUUAACCCGUAGUACACAAUUACAGGCUUUUAACGCCAACGAGAUUCCCACAAUUUGUAAUUUUGAUCUAUUGUUACACAGAAUGUGUAAGUUGUCCAAAAAACGAAAAGAAGGCCUUCUCUAGUUUUCUCGUUACAUACGCUUUUGAAAAUAAUUAUAAAAGGAAAUAAGAAAUCGAGCACAGGCCCUAAUGUUGUAUUACUUUUUCAUAUGAAUAAAGUGCUACUUUGUCAAUAAAAA